AUGGCGUUAUUCGCUAAAUACUUGAGGAUCGGCAGUACUGUUAAACACGGAUUCCAAGCAUUUCCACAAUUAACAACGGCUAAAUAUAGUGUAUAUCCACCUCACUUUGCUGAACCAGUCUACAAAAAACAAGAAUUAGAUAAACUUUAUGAAUCUGGAGAGAUUGAGAAUUACAAACUGAUUCCAUUUAAAGCAGCAAGAAGUAACGAAACUUGUUCUAUAUUUCAUGAUCCUAUGGUUACAAAAUUUAUAAACUAUAUGCUUCUAAGGGGACAAAAAAAAUUGGCCAGGGAAGUCUUAGAAAAAACCUUUGAAAAAAUCAAAAAGUUACAGUUAGAGAAGUAUAAUAGAGAAACGGAUCCUGAGAAGAAGGCUUCAAUGAUUAUAGAUCCUGUAGUUAUACUGAAAAAAGCUGUUGCUAACUGCAAACCACUUUUAAAAUUAACUGCAGUAAAAAGAGGAGGAUCUUUUUACCAGGUUCCGGUACCAAUAACAGACAAAGAAUCUACAUUUUAUGCAAUGAGAUGGUUUGUACAAUGUGGACGCGAAAAAGACAAAUCCAUUAGUUUUGCUGACUUUAUGGCCACCGAAUUAAUCAAAGCAUCCAAUAAUGAUGGAAAAGUUGUGAAUAAAAAACUGGAUUUACAUAAACAAUGUGAGGCAAACAGAGCAUAUGCACACUACCGUUGGAGUUAG